CGGACCGGGCGGGGUGGGCCGGGGACUCGAGGCGGAGCGGGGCCCCACACAGGCCGCGGCGGCUGGCUCGGGCCCCUACGGUCCCGGCGGCGGCUGGAGGAGGAAGCCAGACGGCUGGCGGAGGAGGGGAGGCGGAGGAGGCCGAGGCCACUAGUCGAAGACUCACUUCCCCGGCUCAGCAGGGAAAGGUUCCUAGAAGGCGAGUGCGGACGGUAUGCAAAGUUGUGAAUCCAGUGGCGACAGUGCGGAUGACCCUCUCAGUCGUGGCCUACGGAGAAGGGGACAGCCUCGUGUGGUGGUGAUCGGCGCCGGCUUGGCUGGCCUGGCUGCAGCCAAAGCACUUCUGGAGCAGGGCUUCACAGAUGUCACUGUGCUUGAGGCUUCCAGCCGCAUCGGAGGCCGCGUGCAGAGCGUGAAACUUGGACACGCCACCUUUGAGCUGGGAGCUACCUGGAUCCAUGGCUCCCAGGGGAAUCCUGUCUAUCAUCUAGCAGAAGCCAAUGGCCUCUUGGAAGAGACAACUGAUGGGGAGCGCAGCGUGGGCCGCAUCAGCCUCUACUCCAAGAAUGGGGUGGCCUGCUACCUUACCAACCGUGGCCGCAGGAUCCCCAAGGACGUGGUUGAGGAAUUCAGCGAUUUAUACAACGAGGUCUAUAACUUGACCCAGGAGUUCUUCCGGCAUGGUAAACCAGUCAACGCUGAGAGUCAAAACAGCGUGGGGGUGUUCACCCGGGAGGAGGUGCGAAAUCGCAUCAGGGAUGACCCUGACGACCCGGAGGCCACCAAGCGCCUGAAGCUUGCCAUGAUCCAGCAGUACCUGAAGGUGGAGAGCUGUGAGAGCAGCUCACACAGCAUAGACGAGGUGUCCCUGAGCGCCUUUGGGGAGUGGACGGAGAUCCCCGGUGCCCACCACAUCAUUCCCUCAGGCUUCAUGCGGGUUGUAGAGCUGCUGGCUGAGGGCAUCCCCUCCCACGUCAUCCAGUUGGGGAAACCGGUCCGUUGCAUUCACUGGGACCAGGCCUCAGCCCGCCCUCGGGGCCCUGAGAUUGAGCCCCGGGUUGAGGGCGACCAUAAUCAUGACACCGGGGAGGUUGGUCAGAGUGGAGUGGGUCCCCAGGGGGGCAGAUGGGAUGAGGAUGAGCAGUGGCCGGUGAUGGUGGAGUGCGAGGACUGCGAGGUGAUCCCCGCGGACCAYGUGAUCGUGACCGUGUCGCUGGGCGUGCUCAAGAGGCAGUACACCAGCUUCUUCCAGCCAGGCCUGCCGGCAGAGAAGGUGGCUGCCAUUCACCGCCUGGGCAUCGGCACCACCGACAAGAUCUUCCUGGAAUUCGAGGAGCCCUUCUGGGGCCCAGAGUGCAACAGCCUGCAGUUCGUGUGGGAGGACGAGGCCGAGAGCCGCACCCUCACCUACCCGCCGGAGCUCUGGUAUCGCAAGAUCUGCGGCUUCGACGUCCUCUACCCGCCUGAGCGCUAUGGCCACGUGCUGAGUGGCUGGAUCUGCGGGGAGGAGGCCCUCGUCAUGGAGAAAUGCGACGAUGAGGCGGUGGCUGAGAUCUGCACGGAGAUGCUGCGUCAGUUCACAGGGAACCCCAACAUUCCAAAACCUCGGCGAAUCCUGCGCUCAGCCUGGGGCAGCAACCCCUACUUCCGAGGUUCUUAUUCAUACACACAGGUGGGCUCAAGCGGGGCAGAUGUGGAGAAGCUGGCCAAGCCCCUGCCCUACACCGAGAGCUCUAAGACAGCGCCCAUGCAGGUGCUGUUCUCUGGUGAGGCCACUCACCGCAAGUACUACUCCACCACCCAUGGUGCUCUGCUCUCUGGCCAGCGCGAGGCUGCUCGUCUCAUCGAGAUGUACCGAGACCUCUUCCAGCAGGGGACCUGAGGGCUAUCCUCACUGCCUAGCGAGCAUGUUCCUUAAAGAACAACUAACUCGUGACUGCCAGCCCCUGCCCCUUGCUCCCUUGUGCCCCUAACUUCCCAAUCCUCUGUAGAAUGGAUUUUAAUCUUUGGUAGAGCUAGAUAAUCUGGCUGGCCUCAGACCCAGCCCUGUAGCUGUUCCUUUUCUCCAGACCAGGUGGUGACCCUGUGGGGCCCGUUGAUUUACCUCUGUGCUGGGAUGCUGACUCCUGCACCUCUCCUUCUCCCUCCUCGUUAUUGCAAGUGCCUUCAAUACUUUGCAUUUUGGGAUAAUAAAAGAGGCCACCCUUCCUGUGCUCCUCA